UCUGCAGUCGUGUAAGCCGUGCGCUAGAGGCUAGAUGGGAUUCGUUCGCUUUGCUUUUGUUAACAGCUAGCACAGAUCAUGUGGAUAAUUCACGCAGCUCUGCUAGUUCUCACCGUUUUCGUCGCAGGCGGUGGACAUGAAGUGCCUGCAAUGUCUCUUCUAACGAGAAAAGGUAAACGUUGGCCGGAACUGCCCAAAAACCACCAACGGUUCUCAUCGACGAGCCCAUUCCAGCAGCCAUUACACAGUGUGCCAGCAGCUAGAGAACCCGAAUUAGCGCUGGAUUUAUUUUCCGUCACGGGUAUUGAGAGAAAGGGGCGUACGGCCAACCCAGAAAUCUUAAAACGAAAUGAAUUCGGAGCUGGCCAUUUACCGGCAGAAGAAAACGAACAUCAUCGCAUUCGCCACAAUCGGCGCAAAACUGGUCGGCGGCACGCUUCCGUCGAGAACAAACAAUUGACAUUCGAGGCCGAAACGGACGACGGCCACGGCCUGUCGAGUAACAACAUGCAUGAACUUGACAGCUUGACUUCAACACCUCAGCCAGCCAACGGUGAUGAUGACGAAACGGAAAACGAAAUUGCGGAGGAGACAACGCCGCCAGACCCAACCUCCAAUCGUCCACCAAUUCUUCCACGGAGAUGCUCGGGAAAGAACAACGAUUCCAGCUGUACGUCCGAGCGCAAUAAUCGUUUCCCGUCGUCGGUCUUGAUGAUCGAAGCUCAUUACAAUCAGACGGUGCGAGACUUUUUGCAGAUCUGCACACCGGUGGAGCGGGUGGAAAUCGACAGCGUCGAUGACGUCCAACUGCUUCUCAACGCUCUCUAUGAGCAGAUGACGGUCAAGGACAAAGCAAGCGCCAGUCUCGUCUUGCUUUUCAAUUUGGAGCACUACGCCAAUUGGACCAAAGAACGGGUCAUCGAUGUUUUGCAGUCCUCGGUCAAUGCCCUUCACAACGGCUUCAACGACAUGACGAUUUACAGCAAAUUCCAUCAAGAUGGGGCCGAUUCCAACGACACCCAUCUCACGCUAACCUACGACGUCAAGUAUUGGCUCUCUGAAUUGUGCAACCAACGUCUGACUCCGUGUGCCGACUUCGCCUCCAUCAUUCUCGAGUCCGUCUUACAAAUGAACGACAUUGAAAAUGAAGGCGUCACCAAUCACUUGGCGUCAGGAGAAAUGGAUUCGUUAGAAGAUGCGUCGUCGCAAGCCAAUGCGUGGUGCCAGCAACUUGGACUGGGUCCAGGCUCCCGAAUCGUCGAUGUGAGAGCAUUGCCUCUCAAAUCUGCGGGUGGCUAUCAUAGGGAAGAAUCAAGCUUGGUACUUGGAGAUAUUCUGCCGAGAAAUUCCAAGUCAUAUGAUAAAAACAGAGCGCCGAAAUUUUUUGGACAACCAACCAUAGUGUACUUUCACGUAACCGUCUUAUCCAUUGAUACCAUUAAUGAGGAAUCCAUGACGUACGUAGCAGAUAUUUUCCUUGCACAGAGCUGGAGAGAUCACCGUCUGCGGUUACCAGAAGAUAUGACAGAAGAGUACCGAAUUCUUGAUGUCGGUUGGUUGCAAGACAUUUGGCGGCCGGAUUGCUUUUUCAAAAACGCCAAGAAAGUAACAUUUCACGAGAUGAGUGUUCCUAAUCACUAUCUCUGGUUGUAUCACGAUAAGACCCUAAUUUACAUGGCCAAGUUGACUUUGGUAUUGUCCUGUGCAAUGAAAUUUGAAAAUUAUCCGCAUGACACGCAAGUUUGUUCCAUGCAAAUUGAAAGCUUGUCCCACACCACACAUGAUCUGGUAUUUAAAUGGAACUUUACCGACCCCCUGGUAACCAAUCCCGAUAUUGAGCUGCCGCAAUUGGAUAUCGCAAAAAAUUCCACAGAAGACUGCACGCUAGAAUACUCGACCGGUAAUUUCACCUGCCUGGCCGUGGUAUUCAACCUUCGCCGCCGAUUAGGCUACCACUUGUUUCAUACUUACAUUCCGUCAGGAUUAAUUGUAGUUAUGUCUUGGAUUUCCUUCUGGAUCAAACCCGAAGCUAUUCCUGCCAGAGCUACAUUGGGUGUGACUUCCCUCCUUACUUUGUCGACACAAAGUACGCAGUCCCAGAGAUCUCUUCCGCCUGUUUCCUACGUCAAAGCGAUUGACGUUUGGAUGUCUUCUUGCACUGUUUUCGUCUUUAUGUCUCUAAUGGAAUUUGCAGUCGUUAACAGUUUUAUGGGACCAAUUGCAACCAAGCCGAUGAAGGGCUAUUCUGAAGAAGACUUAACGAUCCAUCGACCUUCCGGUUACAAUGGCACUUCUUCAUCCCUUCGCUUGAGAGGAAAAGCCUCUAGCCCUGCCCGUGGACCGCCGCCACCGCCGCCAGGCCCUCAAUAUGUUACCUUCUGUAACGGUCGCGAAGUGGCCUUGUUUAUUGAUCAAUGGUCGCGUCUCUUUUUUCCUCUCGCCUUCAUCAUUCUCAACAUUGUCUACUGGACUACUUUUUUGCACUGAAAAAUAAUCUUUGUUGUUUCCUACUGCUGUUAUGUGUGCAACCCACUGUACGCGCUGUCGAUCGACAGUAGCCUAGUACACCAUUGUGUUCCUCUGCUGUGCAGUGUAGACUAAAUUCUGAAGAAGACCGACAACAAUUUGUGAAAUACACAAUUUAAAAAACUG